CCCGCCCCGCAGGCAGUGCUCCUCCCUCCUGAGCCAGCGGUGGCGCUCACUGGCUCGCUCGUCCGUCAGGUCCCUGCAGCCCAUGGCGGCGGCGGAGCUGUACGCGCAGUACAACAGGGUCUGGAUUCCCGACCCCGAGGAAGUCUGGCAGUCGGCUGAGAUAGUGCAGGACUAUAGAGCGGGGGACAAGGUCCUGUGCCUGCGGCUGGAGGAUGGCACGGAGCUGGGCUACCCCUCUGAGCCAGGCCCGCUGCCGCCGCUCCGGAACCCCGACAUCCUGGUGGGUGAGAAUGACCUCACGGCGCUCAGCUACCUACACGAACCCGCUGUGCUGCACAACCUGCGGGUGCGCUUCUCCGAGGCCCGGCUCAUCUACACCUACAGCGGCAUCAUCCUGGUGGCCAUGAAUCCGUACAAGCAGCUGCCGAUCUACGGGGACGCCAUCAUCCACGCCUACAGCGGGCAGAACAUGGGGGACAUGGACCCGCACAUCUUCGCCGUGGCGGAGGAGGCCUACAAGCAGAUGGUCAGAAACAACAGGAACCAGUCGGUCAUCGUGAGCGGGGAGUCCGGGGCCGGCAAGACGGUGUCUGCCCGCUAUGCCAUGCGCUACUUUGCCACCGUCAGCAGGUCCGGCAGCACCGCCCAGGUGGAGGACAGGGUCCUGGCGUCCAACCCCAUCACGGAGGCUGUUGGGAAUGCCAAGACCACCCGCAAUGACAACAGCAGUCGAUUUGGGAAAUACACAGAAAUCAGCUUCAAUGAGAGAAAUCAGAUUGUAGGAGCCAACAUGAGGACGUAUUUGCUGGAGAAAUCCAGAGUUGUCUUUCAAUCGGAAAAUGAACGGAAUUACCACAUUUUCUAUCAGCUCUGUGCAUCUGCCCAGCAGUUGGAGUUUAGGCAUCUGAAACUGGGCCCCGCCGAAGAGUUCAAUUACACGAGCAUGGGCGGCAACGCUGUCAUCGAGGGCGUGGACGACAGGGCGGACAUGGUGGAGACACAGAAGACCUUCACGCUGCUGGGAUUCCGGGAGGAUUUCCAGCGGGACGUGUUCACAGUCCUGGCCGCCAUCCUCCACCUGGGCAACGUGCAGGUUAUUGCAGCGGGCACUGAGAGGUCCUUCAUCGGGGAGGAUGACGGUCACCUGAAGGUGUUCUGCGAGCUCCUGGGUGUGGAGUGUGCCCAGGUUGCCCAGUGGCUGUGCCACCGAAAAAUCAUCACCAGCUCGGAGACUGUGGUGAAACCCAUGACCAGGCCACAGGCCGUCAAUGCCAGGGACGCGCUGGCCAAGAAGAUCUAUGCGCACCUGUUUGACUUCGUUGUGGACAGGAUUAACGGGGCCCUGGGCUUCGCCGGCAGGAGGCACUCGUUCAUUGGGGUGCUGGAUAUUUACGGUUUUGAAACCUUUGAUGUGAACAGCUUUGAACAGUUCUGCAUCAAUUAUGCCAAUGAAAAACUGCAGCAACAGUUUAACCUGCACGUCUUCACGCUGGAGCAGGAGGAGCACGUGAAGGAGGGCAUCCCCUGGACGCUGGUCGGCUUCCACGACAACCGGCCCGUCAUCGACCUGAUCGAAGCCAGGAUGGGCCUUCUGGAGCUGCUGGAUGAAGAGUGCUUGUUACCACACGGAACCGAUGAGAACUGGCUUCAGAAGCUGUAUAAUAACUUUGUCAACAAGAACUCUCUAUUUGAGAAACCCAGGAUGUCGGACACUUCCUUCAUCGUCCGGCACUUUGCUGACGAGGUGCAGUACGAGUGCGAGGGCUUCCUGGAGAAGAACAGGGACACCGUGUACGACACACUGGUGGAGACCAUGAGGGCGAGCAAGGUUCGUGAGGGGCCACUGAGGGUGCUCGCCGUAUAUCGUGGCAUGGAAGCAUGCGAUGGCUUCUUGCAGCAGAGGGAGCGGCCGGUCACCGUGCAGCGUGGCCACCAGGGAGGUGCGGUGAGGGGUGCGGCGGACAGCUGUGUCACGGCCGCCCCGAGGCGGGUCCCCCCGGGGAUGAAGCCCAGCAGCAGGCAUCUUCGGACCUCAGUGGGGAGCAAGUUCCGCAGCUCGCUGGCCCUGCUCAUGGAGACGCUCAACACCACAACACCCCACUACGUGCGCUGCAUCAAGCCCAACGACCAGAAGCUGCCCUUCGAGUUUGACUCCAAGAGAGUUGUGCAGCAGCUGCGAGCCUGCGGCAUCCUGGAAACCAUUCGCAUCAGUGCUCAGAGCUACCCGUCCAGGUGGACCUACAUCGAGUUCUACAGCCGCUACGGCGUCCUCAUGACACGGCAGGAGCUGGCAGCCGGUGACAGGAAGAGGGUGUGCAUGGCGGUGCUAUGCAGGCUCAUCCAGGACUCUAAUCAGUACCAGUUCGGCAAGACCAAGAUCUUCUUCCGGGCAGGACAGGUGGCGUACUUGGAGAAGCUGCGGCUGGACAAGCUGAGGCAGGGCUGCGUGGUCAUCCAGAAGUGCGUGCGCGGCUGGCUGCAGAGGCGGAGGUUCCUCCGUGCGCGACACGCUGCCCUCGUCAUCCAGCGCUACUUCCGGGGCCAGCAGACCGUGAGGAAAGCUGUCACCGCACAGGCCCUGAAGGAGGCCUGGGCAGCCAUCGUCCUGCAGCGGUACUCCCGAGGGUACCUGGUCCGAAGCCUGUACCGGCUGAUCCGUGUGGCCACCAUCACCAUCCAGGCGCACACCCGGGGCUUCCUGGCCAGGAGGAGGUACCGGAAGAUGCUGGAGGAACACAAGGCCGUGAUCCUUCAGAAAUACGCACGGGCCUGGCUGGCCAGGCGCAGGUUCCAGAGCAUCCGCCGACUCGUGCUUAAUGUCCAGCUGGCCUACAGGGUUCAGCGUUUGCAGAAAAAACUGGAGGACCAGAACAGGGAGAACCAUGGCUUGGUGGAGAAGCUGACCAGCCUGGCGUCCCUUCGGGCCGGAGACACCGAGAGGGUUCAGAGGCUGGAGGCGGAGCUGGAGAGGGCGGCCACCCAGCGGCGCAGCGCCGAGGACAAGGACAGGCGACACAGGGACGCCAUGGAGCAGAAAUUGGCAACACUGCAGAAACAUAACUCAGAACUGGAGAUACAGAAAGAACAAAUACAGAUGAAGCUUCAAGAAAAGACGCAGGAGUUGGAAGAAAAGAUGGACAAGCUCACCCAGCAGCUCUUGGACGACGUGCAGAGAGAGGAGCGGCAGAGAACAGUUCUCGAGAAGAGUUUCGAGCUGAAAGAACAAGACUACGAGAAACAGCUGCAGUCCCUGAGAGACGAAGUUCGGUCUCUGAAGCAGGAGAAGGCACAGCUGCGGCAGGAGCUGGAGGAGGAGCGUGUGGCUGGGGACAGCCUGAAGGGGGAGGUGGCCCGGCUGACCCAGCAGGCGAAGACCAUCUCCGAGUUUGAGAAGGAGAUCGAGCUGCUGCAGACGCAGAAGAUAGACGUGGAGAAGCUGGUGCAGUCGCAGAAGCGGGAAAUGAGAGAAAAGAUGUCGGAAGUCACCAGACAGCUUCUCGAGAGCUACGACAUCGAAGACGUGAGGAGCAGGCUGUCUGAGGAGGACCUGGGGCACCUGAAUGAGGACGGCGAGCUCUGGUUUGCUUACGAGGGACUCAAGAAGGCGACGCGAGUCCUGGAGAGCCACUUCCAGACCCAGAAGGACACCUACGAGACGGAGAUCGAGGCUCUGAACGCCAAGGUGGUGCACCUCAGCCGGGAGGUCCACCACCUGCAGAAGCUGUUCCGCGAGGAGAGUGACGUGCACGACAGCGUGCAGCGUGAGCUCGCCAGGCUGACCUCCGAGAACGUGAUGAUCCCAGACUUUAAACAGCAAAUUUCAGAGCUGGAGAAACAGAAACAAGAUCUUGAAAUCCGCCUACAAGAGCAGACAGAGAAGGUGAAAGGGAAGCCAGAAGAGCUGUGGAACCUGCCACGUCGCAAGGAGGAGGAGGAAGGGAUGCCCAGAAAGGCACUGGACGCCCAGAGUGAAAGAGGCACCAAAGUGGAAGAGAGGCUGGUGGGCUCCAUCCAAGGACUGCAGGAGUCUGGGGGGCGGCAGGAGCCGUCAGAAACUGCUGCGGAAGCCCCCCGGCUCCCUUUGGAAAACAGGGGUCUUGAGGAAGAGCUGGACAUGAAGGACAGAGUGAUUAAAAAGCUGCAAGACCAAGUGACGACCCUAACCAAGACCAUUGAAAAAGCCCAGGACGCUCACACAUCCUCAGGAGCCAAGGAUUACCUGGGCAUGCUGCAGUACCGCAGGGAGGACGAGGCCGCGCUCAUCCAGAACCUCAUCCUGGACCUGAAGCCCCGCGGCGUGGUUGUGAACAUGAUGCCCGGGCUGCCGGCGCACCUGCUGCUCAUGUGCGUGCGCUACGCAGAUGCCCAGAACGACGCAGCCAUGGUGCUCUCGCUCAUGAACAGCGCCAUCAGCGCCAUCAAGCAGGUGGUGAAGGAACACCUGGAAGACUUUGAGAUGCUGUCCUUUUGGCUCUCCAAUACCUGCCAUUUCCUCAACUGCCUGAAGCAAUACAGUGGAGAAGAGGAGUUCAUGAAGCAUAACAGCCCACGUCAGAAUGCGAACUGCUUGAACAACUUUGACCUUUCCGAGUACAGACAGAUUCUUAGCGAUGUGGCCAUACAGAUAUAUCAUCAGUUCAUUGUCAUCAUGGAGAAAAACAUCCAGCCCAUAAUCGUGCCUGGCAUGCUGGAGUACGAGAGCUUGCAGGGCCUCUCGGGCCUCAAGCCCACCGGCUUCCGGAAGCGCUCCUCCAGCGUCGACGACACGGACACCUACACCAUGAGCUCGGUCCUGCAGCAGCUGAGCUACUUCUACAGCACCAUGUGCCAGAGCGGGCUGGACACCGAGCUGGUGCGGCAGGCGGUGAAGCAGCUCUUCUACCUCGUCGGGGCCGUGACCCUCAACAGCCUCUUCCUGCGCAAGGACAUGUGCUCCUGCAGGAAGGGGAUGCAGAUCAGGUGCAACAUCAGCUACCUGGAGGAGUGGCUCAAGGACAAGAACCUGCAGACCAGCACAGCCAAGGACACCUUGGAGCCACUUUCUCAGGUGGCCUGGCUGCUCCAGGUCAAGAAGACCACAGACAGCGACGCCAAGGAGAUCGCCGAGCGCUGCACCUCGCUGUCUGCAGUGCAGGUCAUAAAGAUCCUCACCUCCUACACGCCCAUAGAUGACUUCGAGAAGAGAGUGACCCCGUCCUUUGUGCGCAGAGUUCAGGCCCUGCUGAGUGGCCGGGAGGACCCUGCGCAGCUGAUGCUGGAUACCAAGUACCUGUUCCCAGUCACCUUCCCCUUCAGCGCCUCACCGCAUGCCCUGGAACUGCUGCAGGUCCCCAGCAGCCUCAAGCUGGGCUUCCUGCACCGCCUCUAGGGAGGGAGGACGAGGCCCUGGCAGGACAGGGACUCGGGGUGGCCCUCGGGAAGGAGCCGGCCCUGGUGCUCACGGGUGGCCACUGUGGCUCUCUGUCCCUGUCCCCCAGGAGUCCUGGCGGCUUCUAUGGGACUCCUGGAGGGCUCUGUCCUCUCCCAGGUCCCCAGGCCAAGGCCUCUGGCUUCCUGGAGGCACAGCUGGGUCCCCUGGCCGCUCUUUGGGGACGAGACCCUGCCUGGCCACGGCCACCCCAUAAUCAUGCAUUUCUGGCUUCAGAAUCCUUAUAAGUGUCAAGAGAUGACCACUAAAAUUCAUCCCAGGGUUUUGUGUAAAUCUGUUUUAAACUAAUACAGUGUCGGAGCUUCCUUGCCAUGCAGUUUAUCCUGUUCUCUGUAAGGACAGUUCUCUAACCUGUAUUUGCCAACAAAGUCACCAUAAUUGUUUACAGUUCAAUAUUUUUCACACAGUAACUUCUUUAAAAAUCAAGUUUAUAAAGGCAACCUACACCAGGGCUGUGAUGCCAGCACUCAGGAGGCUGAGGCAAGAGCAUCCCCAAAAGUUUGAUCUUGGACUACAUAGUUUGAAACCAGCCUGAAUUUUUAUCUCAAAAAGAAAAAAGAAAAUAACAAUAAGUCAGUCUAAGUGAUUUUCUCUGUCAGCAUCUAAUAUACUUUUAAUUUUCUAAUAAAAGUAACUGAAGAUUUAUGUCAGUGCCUCCUUUUAAGAAAUCCAUGUUCCCAAGCUCUAUGGGCACUGGCUGUUCCUUGUACCCAAACCUCUUCAAGUCACAGAAAGUCAUUGAAUGAAACUCUGGGCCCAGGACUCCGCCAGCCA